GACUUCCCCUUUUAUCUUCUCCGUUCCCCUCUCUUCGUCUUAAGCUGCUCCGUUUCCAAACCGAUCCGCUUCGACGCCGAGCAAAAACCUUCAGUUGGGGUUCGCCGGAUUUCGACGAGAGACGGAGAAGAGAAUUAGCCUUUUCAAGUUGCAACUCGGAGUAAAAACAAUCGAUUCAGGAAAAAAAAAAUUGAAAGAAGCAACGUUUUCUAGGGUUAGGUUUUUUGAUUUCUCUUCUCGAUUCUAAAGAUGGGAAAGACUCAUCCUGAUUGCAUCAAUGCAUCUAAUCCCUACCACGAGUGUGUCGAUUACUGUCACAAAAAGAUCGCCGAAGCUAAAGAACGGGCCGAUGCUGAAAAAAUAGAGAGCGAGAAGGAUGCUGCAAAGAAAUUAGAGGAGAGAACAGUGCAUCCUGAUUGCGUCAAUGCAUCGAAUCCUUAUCAUGAGUGUAGUGAGUAUUGCUUCAGGAAGAUUGUGGAGGCGAAGGAAAAGUUAGAGAAGGAUGAAUCAGGUAUGCAAGAAGAAGAUGGUGCCCCAUACUCCUCCAAUCCCUCUCAUCAAAAUGAAGUUCCUCCAGGAGAAAAUGCUGGUGCUAGUGACCAGGAUGUCCAGACCAAUGCCGAAGAAGGGUAUCCACAUCUCAAUGAGAGGCAAAAGAAACUAUUUGAGCUGAGGCUUAAAAUGAACGAAGCAAGAAAAGCCAAUCAAAUGGCCAUGGUGGCAGAGAAGAAGAAGCAAGAUCCUCCUGAAUCAAGGGGCAUUUCUAAACAAAAAUGGAUGGAGGAGAGGAAGAAAAAGAUUGGAAAGCUGCUUGAUUCAAAUGGCUUAGAUAUGUCAAAGGCCUACAUGCUUGAUACUCAAGAGAAGGCUGAGGAGAAGUAUAAGAAAUGGGAGAAGGAACCUGCUCCAUCUGGCUGGGAUGUUUUCAAUCAGAAAACACUGUAUAAUGCUUACAAGAAGCGCACAAAGAACAUAGAUUGCGACAUGGAGGCUUAUACUAAAGCGAAAGAGGCUGAUCCUGAGUUCUAUCGUGAUGCUUCAAGUCUUCAGUAUGGAAAGAUUGCGAAGAUGCCGGAGGAAAAUGUAGACAGAAUGGUGAAAGAGCUUCAGGACAAGAGAUAGCGAAGCGGCAAUCUUUUCAGCAGGAGGCGUAGUUCGCAUGAAGAGAAGAAUCGAUUCGAUCAAUGAUAGGAAUGAACAUUUCAACAAGAAGAUCGAGAGAGCUUUUGGAAAGUACACUCUUGAGAUCAAGAACAACUUGGAGAGAGGAACUGCUCUCCCAGAUUAGGAUGCCUCUGCUGUUUUGAAACGUACUAUUCUGUUGUGGGAAAUGAGUGAAGACCAACAGUAUACUGGCUUUUUUUUUUCAGUUGGGUUAAUUGUGGAGCACCAAUUUGAUAAUAUGUCACAAUUUUCUUGUUCUCUUUAAUCGUGUGGUAUUUGAGUA